AUCCCACAACCAACGCUCUUGUGACGAGGAAAUAAGCGAACUCAGUGUUCUUUCCCUCCGGUUAAGACAGAAAAGGCCUUACAAAACGUAUUUCUUUCAAACAGAGACUGCUGUCUCGGUUUUAAAAUAGCAUGGCGUAUUGAACAGCUAGCGGGUGUAACAGAAUGGGGGACACCCACACGACCCCGUAUAUGCUGUUAACCUCCGAUGAACACAGGAGGGCGCUGAACACAGUUUAUUUUAUUCGACGGUACACAUUCCGAAGCACAGGGGGCGAUAACGCACGAUGAGCUGGUGUUGGCAACCAUCGCUAAUAAUCCAACGAAGAAGAAGGAGACUUUGCAGCAGACACCCCACUACGAGACCAAAAUAGACAGUAGAGGGCUGAGCAGCUGGCACAAACCAGAAAUGGCUUCCACCGGAGUUCUUCCCUUCAUCAGGGGGGUAGACCUCAGUGGUAACGACUUCAAAGGCGGCUACUUCCCAGAGCAUGUCAAGUGUAUGAGCAGUCUGCGAUGGCUGAAGCUGAACCGGACCGGGCUGUGUUACCUCCCGGAGGAGCUGGCCUCUCUGCAGAAGCUGGAGCAUCUUUCAGUGAGUCACAACAGCCUGACCACUUUGCAUGGAGAACUGUCCAGCCUACCAAACCUUCGGGCGGUCGUAGCCAGAGCUAACAACCUGAAAAACUCCGGUGUGCCUGAUGACAUCUUUCAGCUGGAUGACCUCUCUGUGCUGGAUCUGAGUUACAAUCAGUUGACAGAGAUCCCCAGAGACCUUGAGAACAGCAGGAACAUGCUGGUGCUGAAUCUGAGUCACAACAACAUCGACUCCAUCCCCAACCAGCUGUUUAUCAACCUGACCGACCUGCUGUAUCUGGACUUGAGCGACAACAAGCUGGACAGCCUGCCCCCGCAGAUGAGACGCCUGGUUCAUCUGCAGACACUCACACUGAACAACAACCCCUUGAUGCAUGCGCAAUUGCGCCAGCUGCCAGCCAUGGUAGCAUUACAGACUCUCCACCUGAGGAACACACAGAGGACCCAGAGCAACAUGCCAACCAGUCUAGAGGCUCUGACACAUCUAGCAGAUGUUGACCUGUCAUGUAACGACCUGACUCGGUUGCCGGAGUGCCUCUAUUCAUUGAGCAGUUUGAAGAGACUCAACCUGAGCAGCAAUCAAAUCUCAGAAUUGUCCCUCUGCAUCGACCAGUGGACUCAACUGGAGACUCUUAACCUGAGCCGCAACCAGCUCACCUCCCUCCCUUCUGCAAUAUGUAAGCUGGCCAAACUGAAGAAGCUGUACAUAAACUCCAACAAACUGGACUUUGAUGGAGUUCCGCCAGGCGUUGGCAAACUGUCCAGUCUCACCGAGUUCAUGGCCGCCAACAACAACCUGGAACUAAUCCCAGAGGGACUCUGCAGGUGCGGCAAGCUGAAGAAGCUGGUGCUGAAUAAAAACCGCCUGGUCACGCUGCCUGAGGCCAUCCACUUCCUGACUGAUUUGGAGAUUCUGGAUGUGCGGGAGAACCCGAACCUGGUGAUGCCCCCUAAACCAGUGGACAGGGCAGCCGAGUGGUACAACAUUGACUUCUCCCUGCAGAACCAGCUGCGGCUUGCUGGAGCCUCACCUGCUACUGUAGCAGCUGCUGGAGGAGGAGCCAGCCCACGAGAUCCCCAGGCGAGGAAGAUGAGACUGAGGAGGAGGAAGGACAGUUCUCAGGACGACCAGGCGAAGCAGGUGCUGAAGGGCAUGAGUGACGUUGCACAGGGCAAGAACAUGGAGCAGGAGAGCGAGGAUUCGAAAUAUGGAGAUUUAAAGGUCCGGCGCUGGGACAAGAGCCUAGAGAAACCUCAACUGGACUACUCUGAGUUCUAUAUGGAGGAUGUGGGGCAGGUUCCAGGUGUAACAGUGUGGCAGAUAGAGAACUUUGUUCCGAUGCAAGUGGACGACGCUUUCCAGGGCAAGUUCUAUGAGGCCGAUUGCUACAUCAUCCUCAAGACUUUCCUGGAUGACAACGGCGCGUUGAACUGGGAUAUCUAUUACUGGAUCGGCCAGGAAGCCACGCUCGACAAGAAAGCGGGCUCUGCCAUCCACGCCGUCAACCUCCGAAACUUCCUAGGAGCGGAAUGCCGGACGAUACGGGAGGAGAUGGGAGACGAGAGCGAGGAGUUCAGUGCUGUGUUCAACAAUGAGAUCUCCUACAUCGAGGGAGGAACAGCCAGCGGGUUCUACACCGUGGAGGAUACAAACUAUUCUGUCAGGUUGUACAGAGUUUACGGCAAGAAAAACAUCCGACUGGAGUCGGUCCCAGUGAAGGCCUCCUCCCUCGACCCGCGGUAUGUCUUCCUGUCGGACACGGGGCUGGACAUCUUUAUCUGGAGAGGAGCCAACGCCACUCUGAGCAGCACCACUAAGGCCAGGUUAUUUGCAGAAAAGAUCAAUAAGAAUGAGCGUAAGGGAAAGGCGGAGAUCACCACCCUCCUGCAGAGCCAGGAGCCUCCGCCUUUCUGGGAGGUACUGGGAGGACAACCAGAGGAGAUCAAGAAGCACGUACCAGAUGACUUCACCCCCGUUAGGCCUAAACUAUACAAGGUGGGCUUGGGUCUGGGCUACCUGGAGCUGCCGCAGAUUAACUACAAGCUGUCGGUCGAGCACAAAGACCACAAGAUCAAACUGGACACUUCGCCCGAGAUGAGACUGGUGCAAACUCUGCUGGACACCAAGUGCGUGUACAUCCUGGACUGCUGGUCCGAUGUGUUCAUCUGGAUCGGGAGGAAGUCUCCACGUCUCGUCCGAGCCGCGGCCUUAAAACUGGGUCAGGAGAUCUGCUCCAUGUUGCACCGGCCCAAACACGCGUGCGUCACCCGUAACCUGGAGGGCACCGAGUGCCAGGUGUUUAAAUCCAAGUUUAAGAACUGGGAUGAUGUGCUGAAGGUGGAUUACACCAGAGCAGCCGAGACGGUGCAUAAGAACGACAACCUACAGGGCAAGGUGAAGAAGGACGCAGAGAAGAAGGACCAGAUGAAAGCUGACCUCACAGCGCUCUUCCUUCCCAGGCAGCCAGCCAUGCCCCUUGCUGAGGCUGAACAACUGAUGGAGGAAUGGAACGAGGAUCUGGAUGGCAUGGAAGGAUUUGUGUUGGAGGGAAAGAAGUUUGCUCGCCUGCCUGAGGAGGAGUUUGGCCACUUCCACACCCAGGACUGCUACGUCUUCCUCUGCAGGUACUGGGUGCCUGUGGAGUACGACGACGAGGAGAAGGAGAAGAAAGAGGGCAGCGGCGGAGUUGAAGGACGAAGAUCAACAGCAGAGGACGACGACGACAAACAGCCCGAGGAGGACUUUCAGUGUGUCGUUUAUUUCUGGCAAGGCAGGCAGGCCUCCAACAUGGGCUGGCUCACCUUCACUUUCUCCCUGCAGAAGAAGUUUGAGAGUCUCUUCCCUGGAAAACUGAAGGUGGUGCGUAUGACCCAGCAGCAGGAAAACCUCAAGUUCCUGUCCCACUUCAAGAGGAAGUUCAUCAUCCACAAAGGGAAGAGGAAACAGAAGACGGAUUCUGCGCAGCCCUCGCUGUACCACAUACGCACCAAUGGCAGCGCACUUUGCAGCAGGACCAUCCAGAUUGGAACAGAUUCCUGCAAUCUCAACUCAGAGUUUUGCUUCAUUCUCAAGGUCCCGUUUGAGAGCACAGACAAUCAGGGCAUCGUUUACACCUGGGUGGGCCGAGCCGCCGACCCCGACGAAGCCAAACUUGCCGAGGACAUCAUGAACUGCAUGUUUGAUGAAACGUACAGCAAACAGGUCAUCAAUGAGGGAGAGGAGCCAGAGAACUUCUUCUGGGUGGGGAUUGGCUCUCAGAAGCCGUACGAUGAAGAUGCAGAUUAUAUGAAACACGCGCGGCUUUUCAGGUGUUCAAAUGAGAAGGGUUACUUUUCAGUGUCGGAGAAGUGCUCCGACUUCUGUCAGGACGACCUGGCCGAUGAUGAUAUCAUGUUGCUGGACAACGGCCAGGAGGUGUACAUGUGGGUCGGUACUCAGACCAGUCAGGUGGAGAUCAAACUCAGCCUCAAAGCCUGCCAGGUUUACAUCCAGCACAUGCGCGCCAAGGACACCGAACACCCCAGGAAGCUGAGACUGGUGCGAAAGGGGAACGAGCCCCACUGCUUCAAUCGCUGCUUCCACGCCUGGGGGGCGUUCAAAACCCCCCCUGCAUAGACAAAACAUGCACACGCAAGUCUCAUACAUGUGUAUCCGCUGGCAAGCCAUUUUCCACCAGGAGGAGGAGGAGGAUGAUGAUGAUGAUGUAUAUGCCCAAUUCCUGCUCAGCGCUGCUUUUUAACAGCCUCUCAACCGACGGGUUAAAAUCCGAGUCCGCCUACAAAAAAAACAAACCGCUCAAGUUUAGCACGAUGUCGCAAUCAGUGAAAACUGCUGUUGUUUCCUUUCUCAAAAAUAUCACUCUUUUUCUACAAGCUUUGUAAGCCGCUCGUCUGACGGCUGUUGUAAAAUGAAAGAAGAGAACUAUGUUUUGAGAUAAAUAAAAAUGUUUACGCUGCACAGAGGCUUUAAAGACACUCGAGGGAGCUGAAUGCCCCGAACACAUGAAUCUUUGCUGCUGCUUUCACUGGGCUUGUGCUGCAUGAUCAAUAUUAUCCCGUGGAGGAGGGGCUAGAAGGGAACUUUGGUAUCCAAAACAUGGACCCUGUUUUCCCCGACACGGUUCCCGUACUGAUGGAACGUGCUGUAGACGUCGGGCGCUCACAGGCCGCAGUUGGUCUGAACUCUGUCCUGAUCAGUUAGAGCAGUAUUGCCGGAUCAAUUUGGGGAAAAAGUUGGUCCUAUUAGUCACUUAGACCCCCCCCCCCCAAAUGACCCUGUGUGCUGGUUACUGCUUAUGCUGCUCAUUUUUAAGAAAGUUUGAAGCAAGUUGAUUUUACAGCUUUUGGGUUCUUCCUUUUUUAAUAUAUAUAUAAUUUAGGGACUAAACAGCACUAUAAUUAGUUUCCUGAAGAAUGUCAGUUUAUACAUAUAUUUUCCUGGCGUGCGGCUUGUACAUCGGUUGGUGUCUUUACGCUGUGCGCCUUCCGAGAAAGAGGCUUGGCCCUUUUCCCAGAGCCGGAUUGGUCCCCGUUCUGACCUCGUCCAACUGGUCCGCGGUUAAGAUGAUCUGGAGCAGAUGUGCUGGUUCCAGUUCUAGUGAGCCGUGUUAGAACAUGCAAUGGGUGGAGUCAACACGAGACCGGGACUGUAUUCAAGUUGUCGACUUUGUAAUUUCCUUCGUUGCUGAAAGGGAGAGCGCAGAGACUGCUGAAUUUCAUGGGAGUUCUUAUGUUCCAUAUGAGAGAUAUAUCUUAGCAAAAAUAGUGACUUCUGGUUCCACUGAUCUCAAAUCUGUCAUUUGAUUGUAUGUUUAGACAACUACUUCUAGAUCAGUGCCUCCAGGGUCAACUUUUAAGUACAGAACCGCUGCUUAUCACGUGACCUUUGUAGUGUUCAAGCAAGAUCCGUCAACGGUUCUCAAAUGGCUCCAUCAACCGUCAUUUGGUUCUUUCAUACUUGAAAUGCACAUGCACACGUCUGAUGGUGUGUUUGAGUCCGAUACAUAGUGUGUGUGUCUAUGCAUAUGUGCACAUGCUCCUGAUGCCGCCUGCAGAUGCUUUAUGUAUUUUGUAUUCAAAUAAAAUGUCACAAUACAUAUUUA